UGCAACAAAACAGAAUGCAAUCAAAUCUGACAGUGCCAAGAAUCCAUGCAAAAAUUUUACUCGUUCGAUGUCAUUUCGUAUAAAUGAAAAAUUAUAAGUGUUAUAAUAAAACAAGAUGGAAACAUUAAAUCGGAUCACGACCACAUUCGAAAGCGUAAGAUCCAGCAUAAAGAGUAAAAACUCUUCAGAGCGCCUGCAAAACUUAAAGAAGGAUAUACAGACCCUAUCCAAUGAGUUGGUAGUCUUAGGUAAGGAGAAUCACGAUCAGUAUAUAAGGUCCCUAGCGAUGGAGGGCUACCUGGCUCUCCUCUCCGCCAAAACGAUGCCCUUAUCCCUUAUCGAGAAGAGGAACAUGCUGCAAGUGUCAUUUGACAAAUUGAAGGAGUUUGCACUGAGGGACGAGUGUCUCUUUAUCUUGUUAAGAAUACAGAAUCUCCUAUGUUACUACCUCAUCCAACUCGAUCAGAUAUCUGUAGCCCGCGAAAUUCUGGAAAGUAUGGAGGAUCUAUAUGAUCAGAUCAGCAAGUCUCAGCCCGAUAAGUUCCUUGAUGCAGAAGACUUGUUCACAGCAGAGCCGGUGAACAAUAUCAAACGUGUUAAUCCAGAAAAAAUUGACAAAGUCAUUACGAACAAUGUGCAAAUGCAGGCAUUCUUAUACAAUAAAAUGAAUCUACCUCACAAAUACACUUUGUAUAACCACACGGCGCUUCGAAGGCAACUAGAAAUGAAGGAAGGCACACCGCAAGACUGGGCUCUGAGGACGGCGCGACUGGGCAACUAUUUCACAUAUCUGAACCAAAUCGGUAAUGCUCGCCAUCACCUGUGCGCUGCCUACCACGUGUUGAGGACCUGCCACGACAAUUGCAAGCUCAUGCCUGAAGAAUUCGUGUUGCAGAAGGCUGAUUUUGAAAUUCAUUUCCUGGAGUUGAGCCAUCACUGGGUCAAAUACGGUUUGACGCUCUUUAAAAUGUCGAAGAAAAAAAUUUUGAAUAAAUAUUUUACGCAACCAUCGACGGGAGCAGACCUAUGGAAGACUGUGGACUUGCUCGAAGAUAGGCUGGAGAGCACGGAGAAAGUAGAAGAGGAAAAUAUGAAAGAUAUGGGUGCAGAAAAGUCCGGAAAGGGAGAUUGCACUCCAGAGAAGCUGUUCACCUUUCCGUCUCUGGAUUUAAAAGAGAUGGAGAGCAAGGUACCUUUAGAUAGCGUUUGCAGUGUUGAGGAAGCACGGAAGCUCUUCGCAUUCACAUAUAAAUGGCUAAUGCGCGCGAAGCACUACUACGACUUCGAGCAUCAUUCAGCCCAGUACAUAUCCUGCUCUUUGCAGCUGGCAGAGCUAUACGAGCACUUGGCCUUCUUCGAGCGAAAUAUUGAUAACCAGUACAGUAUCCAGAAGAGACGAGCCAACGUUCUGGAGACGCUCAACUCUUUACUGAAGACGUGUGACAACGUGAUGUCUGUGCAAAUCGACGUGAUCAGGGAGCUGUCGCAGGUUCAGCUGGAGUUGAUGGCGCUCAACUUGCAGAAGCUGUGGCGCGAGGAGUCGCAUACCAAUAUCUUUAAUAUGGACACGGAUGCAGACUCGAUAAUCAAUUCUCUGGACUCCGAAUCCAAUAAGACCUUGACGGAGAAAACUCUGAACACGUCCAGCAAGAAUAUGUUUUUGAGGAAAAUGGAAGCAGCUACUUCGAUCAACGGCAAGUUGUUCCGACUGAGUGGACAGCUGGUGGCUAGAACACCUUCCCAGCUCAGCUUCAGUACAGGAAUCCUCAAGAACUAAGUUGAAAAGAUCCUUCCAUCAAUCCCGUAUAAAUGCUACUGCAAAUAUUUGUCACGAGAAGUGUUUAUAUGGUGGUGUAAUUUCGACCUUUACAAAAUAACUUUUUUCAAAUUAUUUCUAUCGUCGGAUAAUAAAAUGCAAUUGUUUUGUACGUGGUUGGUUUUAUCCCACUGAUUUGAGGUCUGUGUCUGACAUGUGUUCGAUUCCUUUUGGGCAGAAAAUUCAGGGCAGCUUUGAUAUUGUAAUCAAACUUCACCCUAAAUUAUUUCCACUACUGAAGAGACGGCCAUUAUCGCUGUGCUUUUGCGAUCAAGAAUUUGCGUCACAUGUGAUGAUCAAUAACUAUACACGAGAGACAUAAAGUAGUAAGAAGAAAGGGGAGAUUAGAUUAGAAGCGAUUGGACAUUUGUGAUCGAAAAAAAAGGGAAAAAAUAACUGACCAAAAAAUACGGUUGCGUAAAUGGUGCCAACUGCGUGCAAAUGAUUCGAGUCCAAAUUAACAGUCACUUAAAUAUGUAUUAUUUAUAAUAAAUAAAAUAUCUUCCAUCAAUGA